GUGCAGGUCCUUCUAAGCAGCCCUUGGCUGGAGAGAGGGUGAGGAAGACAGGACCAGCCCGAGACUGGGAGUCUUGUGGGAGGGGGCAGGAGAGGGAGGCUGCUGUCUGGGCCCGCCCCUUUGCCUCUUGCCAGCUGCAGAGGCCCACUCCAGUCUGAGCAGCUGCUGCUGGGGUCUCUGCGCCGCUGUCUCCCUGGACGGGAAAACAGCCCACAGAGUCUGGGAGAACCAUGGCGCUCAGGGCCGAGCUGUGCGCUUUCCUAACUGGACUGUCAUUCCUCCUGUUCCUGAGGUCAGGCCAGGGGGUCAGAGGAGGAUCCUUCAGACAAAGUUUGGGCGUCUGCUCCAACCAGACACUGGUGGUUCCGCUUCGUUACAACGAGUCCUACAGCCAACCGGUCUACAAGCCCUACCUGACCUUGUGUGCUGGGAGACGCAUAUGCAGCACCUACAGGACCACUUACCGUGUGGCCUGGAGGGAGGUGAGGCGGGAGGUACAGCAGACACAUGUAGUGUGCUGCCAGGGCUGGAAGAAGCCACAUCCAGGAGCUCUCACCUGUGAAGCCAUCUGCUCCAAGCCUUGUCUUAAUGGAGGUGUCUGCAUUGGACCGGACCAGUGCGAGUGCGCCCCAGGCUGGGGAGGGAAGCACUGUCGCGUGGACGUGGACGAAUGCAGGACCAGCCUUACCCUCUGUUCUCACGGCUGUCAGAACACCCUGGGCAGCUUCACGUGCAGCUGUCCGCACCCCCUGGUUCUGGGUCCGGACGGACACGCCUGUGCAGGGGGGCCUCUAGAAUCCUCAACAAGUGCCAGCAUCCUCAGCGUGGCAGUUCGGGAAGCGGAACGUGAGGAACGAACCCUGAGGUGGGAGGUUGCAGAGCUGCGUGGGCGCCUGGAGCGGCUGGAGCAGUGGGCCACACGGGCUGGGGCCUGGGUCCGAGCAGUGCUGCCCAUGCCGCCCGAAGAGCUGCAGCCGGAACAGGUGGCUGAGCUUUGGGGCCGGGGUGACAGGAUCGAGUCCCUCAGUGACCAGGUGCUGCUGCUUGAGGAAAAGCUGGGUGCCUGUGAGUCCCCCUGCUCCUCCUCCACAACUGAAGACAUAUGGUCAACUCAGCAUCUCCCUCCUGAACCCCUCCCACGGUCCUUACUCCCGGGACCCCAUUCCCCGGUACCCUUGCUUAGGGUUGGGUGACUGGCGGGGCCAUUCCCUCCUGACCACAGCUACCUUGCCUCUUUGCCAUGAACUAGGUGCCUGUGAGGACAACAGCCUGAACUAGGUGCCUGUGAGGACGACAGCCUGGGCCCAAGCCUCCAUGGUUGACAAGGAACUCACGCAGCAGCCUGGAUCCCUAAUUUACACAGAAACUGCCUGCUCUCUGGGAUUGGCAGACAGGGGUAUCGACCACGGAGGCACAAGGAGCCACAGAAAGCCCCCAGAUCUCUUUCUCUUUAUUCUCAGUUGCUUGCUGUUACCCAGAUAAUAAAAACCAACCACACAAAACUGGAUCCCACCCGUUCCUUCUGCCCCCAGCCUACCUCCUGGGUCUUAGGAAUGGGUCUGGAGUGGGAGGCAGGGGGAGUGGCCAAUGCCACUGGGGGGAAAUGAAAACUGGCUCAGAGAGGGAGGUACCUCAAAAGAAAGAGAAAUAAAUUAAGCGCCCUCCUCUCCCUCACCAGGCUCAGGUUCUUUUUCCCCUAAGGCCCCAGGGAGCAGAGAGCAGCUUCUAGGGUCCGCCUCUCCAGAAUUUGGUUAGAUGGUGCCAGGCCAGGACCCUGAAAACCUCUACCGAGAGGAUGGGGGAAGUAGAAAUUGGCAUCUGGAGUGUGCUCAGCCCCUGGCAUGGGCAGGGAUGAGACCUCUGAGUUAGAAGAGCCCAGCCCCACGGAGGGUGCCAGUGUUGAGGAGGUUCCCCAGGUGAGCCGGUGAGGCGUGUUCAGGUUCAGCUCCCAGCCAUAGGAUGAGGAGUCCUCACUAGCAAAUGGUCCCACUCAAUCUGUGGACUUGGGGUGAGGGAUGGAUUGUUCCACAGAACAGAUGAGUCCAUUGUCCAGUGUGGGGUGGGGAGGGAGAAAAGGCCACAAAGAGACCACUGGGGAAGGGAUGGGAUGGAAUGUCCCCCACCCUUGUAUCCGAUGAGCCACUUGAGAUGAGGGGAGGCAACUGUCCCACAAGACAAGAUGGCAGGUGGGGAUCGGAGUGGAGACUGUACCCACGCAGGAAAGUCCAUGGGUGGGCGGGGAAGGACAUGGAGUGAUGCUCUAUCCAUAAUCACUUCAGAACUUGAAGAUUCCAAAAGGAGAGUAGGGAGUGGGGACCCAGGAAGAGGGCCUGGCCCUGCUUCAGGCUCUGG